AUGGGUCGCGAAGAGCAGGUUGAGGAGCGAGAGGUUCUCGACUCCAUCUUCCCAGAAGAAAUCACAGAUGUCUCGGAGACGGAAUUCAGAAUAUCCAUCGCACUCGAUAUCCCCGACUACCCCGAGGAUGAGGAGCCUCCCAAAUUCCUCCUCUCCGUCCGGUACCCGGCCGAGUACCCGGACGUAGCGCCCGACCUCGAGAUCAUGGCCGCGCCCGACGGCGGCACCACCGAGCACUUUGACACGGCCGACGACCGCGACGCCCUGCUCGCGAGCGUUGAAGAGACGAUUCAGGAAAGCAUGGGAAUGGCCAUGGUCUUUACCAUUGCGUCCGCGCUCAAGGAAGCCGCGGAGCAGCUGGUGCAGGAGCGCAAGGACGCCGUGGCGCAGGCCUACGAGGAGCGCCGCGCGGCCGCGGAGCAGGAGGAGAAUAAAAAGUUUCAGGGCACGCCCGUGAACCCGGAGACGUUCCUCAAGUGGCGCGAGGGCUUCAUAAAAGAGAUGGAGGAGCAGAGCGCGCGCGAGGAGGAGGAGAGGCUGGCGGACUUGAAAAAGGCAAAGAUCAAGGAACCGGUCAAGCUCACGGGACGGCAGCUGUGGGAGCGUGGCCUGGUGGGCAAGGUUGACGAGGGUGACGAGGAUGAUGAUGCGCCUGUGGAAGAGAUGGAGAAGCUCGCAGUUGAGGCGGUAUAG